AUGGCGCUACAAUGCAAUCAAUUCUCGCCUCCAUUCACUCAAAAAGCCCUGGUAAUGAACGAAAAGGAACAGGUCUGCGUAUGGGACGAGGCUCCUUGUCCCGUCUUGCCCCCCGAUGAAGCUCUCGUGCGCAUCGAAGCUGUUGCUCUUAACCCGAUUAACACCAAAAUGAAAACAGACUUUGCCAACCCAUUUGCGAUCAUGGGUGCCGAUUUUGCCGGCACAGUUGUCGCAGUGGGUUCGGACGUGGUUGGUGUUGCUGUAGGUGAUCGCGUAUGCGGAGCGCAAAAUGAGAUAUUCAAAGCUACGCCAGAGCAAGGGGCGUUCGCACAGUAUACCGUGACCCGGCGCAAAAUGUGGAUGAGGAUUCCAGAUUCGUGGUCGAUAGAAGCCGCAUCGUCACUACCUGUGGGAAUAUGUACCGCUGGUUUAGCCAUGAAGUCGCUAGGCUUACCGUUACCCAACGAACCUGUUGCGAAACCUAGCGCUGUUCUAGUCUACGGCAGCAGUACUGCAACGGCUACCAUUGCGAUGCAGCUGCUAAGGCUGCUUAAUACCAAUAGCGGUUUGCUCUCCAAAGCACUUCGAGUUAUCAAGAAACAAUGGUGCACAAGCAUCCCUGCUCCUCACUUUCCUGUUACACCCGACGAAAUCUCGGAGGCUAAUCGUUUUCCCGUGGCCAAGAAAAUUUACACACGAAAUAACUUGAAGUAUGCGCUGGAUUGCAUUUCCAACGUCGAGUCUACAACAGUGUGCUUCAACGCGAUAGGACGUACAGGAGGGAGAUAUGUUGCGCUCGAGCCAUUCCCUAGGCAUGCCGCAAAUCGAGCGGUAGUCACAACGGACUUUGUUAUCGGGCCUUGCAUCUUUGGCGAAGGCUGCACGUAUCCAGCGCCAUACGCACGCGAGCCAGAUGAGAAGCUUCAUGCUUUUGGCGUUGAGUUGUGGGAAAUUGCGCAGAAGCUGGUGCAUGAGGGCAAACUUCAUCAUCACCCCGUCCGAAUACUAGACGGCGGAUUCGAUGGUAUUCAGGAGGGCUUAAAAUUGCUCUCGAAGAAGUGUGUAUCAGGAGAGAAGAUUGUGGUUCGCAUGGAAACCUAA